AUGUGGCUUCCCGCCUCGAUGCCCGUCGGCAUCACCACCCUCGUCGGCCUGAUGGCGGCCCUCGUUUCGCCCGCAGCCGCCGACGGCAGGAUGCUCAAGUCGUCCUCCCUCAACACCUGCCCCGGCUACGAAGAGUCCAGCUUCCGAGCCAGUCUGUUCAACGUCGUCUUCACGCCCGGAAACGGCUCCAUCGAGAUCAACAUUGUCGCAUCCUCCACCAUCCAGGGCAAGGUCACCUUCGACGCCACCGUCACCGCCUACGGCUAUGAGAUCCUGCGCAAGCCCAUCGACCCGUGCACCAUGGCGAACACAAACCUCUGCCCCAUGGUUCCCGGCAAGUUCAACUAUCCCUUCAACAUCCCCCUCGGCGGGGAUACGGCCUCGAGGCUCCCCGCCGUCGCCUACGGCAUCCCCGACCUCGAUGCCAAGGUCAAGGUCUUCGUCAACCUCACGAGCACGGGCGAGACGGUGGCCUGCCUCGAGGCCAACAUCUCCAACGGCAAGACGGUCGACAUGAACGGCGUCAAGUGGGCUACGGCCAUUCUCGCCGCCCUCGCGCUCAUGUCCUCGGCCGUCUUCAACGCCCUCGGCCAUCCCAACACCGCCUCCCACCUGGCCGCCAACUCCCUCUCCCUCUUCGGCUACUUCCAGUCGCAGGCAAUCGUCGGCCUCACGAGCGUCCACCUCCCUCCCGUCAUCCAGUCCUGGACCCAAAACUUCCAGUGGUCCAUGGGCAUCAUCCGCGUCGCCUUCAUGCAGGACAUCCUCACCUGGUACCUGCGCGCCACCGGCGGCGAGCCGGCCUCGCUCCUCAACUCCCUGACCACCGUCUCCGUCCAGGUGCAGAAGAGAAGCGAGAUCUUGUCGCGAUCGCUGAGCCCGCUCUUCAAGCGCGCCAACAUGAAGACGGGCUCCGGAAGCUACGUCGUCAUGGGCAUCCAGCGCGUCGCCUUUCGCGCCCGCAUCGAGACGACCAACCUCUUCAUGACGAGCCUCAUGUUUUUCGUCAUCUUCAGCCUCCUCGUCAUCAUCGCCGUUGCCGGCUUCAAGGCCGCCUGCGAGCUUGCGGCCAAGAAGAACUUGCUCAAGAACGACCGGUUCCUCGCCUUCCGGGGCGACUGGUCCAUCAUUCUAAAGGGCAUCCUCUACCGAGUCUGCCUCAUCGGUUUCCCCCUCGUCUCCAUCAUGUGUCUCUGGGAGUUUACCCAGAAGGAUUCCCCCGCCGAGGUCGUCUUGGCCGUCUUCUUCCUCCUUGGCGUCACCCUCAGCCUGGCCAUUGGCGCCGUCAAGAUCAUCCGAGUCGCCCGUCGCUCCAAGAAGAUGCACGGCUCCCCGGCCUACAUCCUCUACUCGAAUCCCCGUCUCCUCAACCAUCUGGGCUUCCUGUACAUUCAAUUCCGGGCAUCAGCCCACUACUUCAUCGCCCCUCUGCUGGCCUACACUUUGGUCAAGGCCAUGUUCGUCGCCCUGUCGCAGCACAAUGGCGUCGUCCAAGCCGUCGGCUUCAUCAUCCUCGACGCCGCCGCCCUGAUCGCCGCCUCUGUUCUCAGACCCUGGAUGGACAAGACGACCAACACGUUCAACAUCUCCAUCUGCGCCGUCAGCUUCCUCAACAGUAUUUUCCUCCUCGUUUUCUGCAACGUCAUCGGAGCGCCGGGGCUCGUCAUCGGCGUCAUCAGCAUCGUCUUCUUCAUCCUCAACGCCGUCUUUUCGCUCAUCCUGCUCCUCAUCAUCAUCAUCGUCACCGUCAUCACCGUCUUCCGGAAGAACCCGGAUGCGAGGUAUCCCUACAUGGCCGACGACCGUAUGUCUUUCAUCAAAUCACAGGCUCACAUGAGCACCUGCACGGAAUUGGAUGCCCUGGCAGCGACAGCACGCGGAGACAAAGGCUUUUCGGCACCUUGA